AUGCACGGGUGAGGGCGGCGCAGCAGGAGUGGCGAGAUGUCGUCGCUGUCAAAACCCGCGAGGACCCCUCCGCCAGUUCGAGACUGGGCGGAUCCAGCACCUUCGGGACGAGCGGUUGGGCAUCCAGAAGAAGACCUUCACGAAAUGGAUGAACUCGUUUCUUAUCAAGGCGCGGUUGGAGGUGGUGGACCUCUUCACCGACUUGGCGGAUGGCAAGAUGCUGCUCAAGCUGCUCGAGAUCAUCUCGGGCGAGAAGCUUGGCAAGCCCAACAACGGCAAAAUGCGAGUGCACAAGAUCGAGAACGUUAACAAGUCGCUUGCUUUCCUCCACACAAAGGUCCGACUUGAGAGCAUCGGCGCCGAGGACAUCGUAGACGGCAAUCCACGCCUGAUUCUCGGCCUCAUCUGGACCAUCAUUCUGCGAUUCCAGAUUCAGGAGAUUGAGAUUGAUGUGGACGAGGAGAACGAAAGCAGCGAGAAAAAAUCCGCCAAAGAUGCCCUGCUCCUUUGGUGUCAGAGGAAGACCGCAGGAUACAGGGGCGUCAACAUCGAGGACUUUUCGCGAUCAUGGAGAGACGGCCUGGGCUUCAACGCCCUCAUCCACGCCCACCGUCCGGACAUCAUCGACUACAACAGCCUUGUGGCGAAGAACCACAUUCACAACCUCAACAAUGCCUUCAACGUUGCCCACGACGAGCUGGGCAUCGCCAAGAUCCUGGAUGCCGAAGAUGUGGACACCAACAAACCCGAUGAGAAGUCUAUCAUUACUUACGUGGCUUCGUACUACCACACCUUCGCCCGCAUGAAGAAUGAAUUGAAGGGCUCGAAGAGAAUUGCCAAUAUCAUGAACCAGAUGAAGGAUGUAGACGACAGCAAGAUGAAAUACGAGAAGAUCACCAGCACACUGUUGGAGUGGAUCCUCAUGAAGAUCGUCGAGUUGGACAGCAGGGAAUUCCCCAAUUCUCUAGAUGGCAUCCAGAAGUUGUUGUUGCAGUUCAAGAAGUACAGAACGGAAGAGAAGCCUCCCAAGUACAAGGAAAGAAGCGAGAUCGAGGCCCUCUUUUUCUCCAUCAACGCGAGCCUGAAGGCCCUGAACCAGCCUGCAUACACCCCAAAGGAGGGCCAGAUGGUUCACGACAUCGAGCGAGAGUGGAACAGGCUUGAGAAGGCCGAGCAUCACAGAGAGGUUGCUCUCAGGGAGGAGCUACUUAGACAGGAGAGGCUGGAGCAGCUGGCUUACAAAUUUGACAAGAAGAGCGUGCUACGAAGGGGAUACCUUGAAGAGAUGAUCCAGGUCUUGAGUGACCCUCGUUACGGCAGCAACCUGGCCCAGGUGGAAGCCACUGUCAAGAAACACGAAGCAAUCAGCGCUGAUAUUUUGGCUCGGCAAGAGAGAUUUGAAGAUCUCACAAAGAUGGCUGAUGAAUUGGACGCUGAGAAUUACCGUGGAAAGGACGCCAUUAGAAAGAAGGAAAAAGACAUCCUGAAGAAGUGGAGUGAACUGUUGGAUCUUCUCAACAAACACAAGGUUCACCUCCAGAACUGCUGCGACCUCGUGGCGAUCAUGAGAGAAGUGGACACCAUCACUGCCUCCAUCCGAGAACUGGAGGUGAGCUUCACCUCGGACGAUGUAGGUCGUCACCUGCUGGCAGUAGAGGACCUGCUGCAGAAGCACGCGCUGAUGGAGUCGCAGGUUCACUCGAUGGGAGAGACGAUCAAGAGGCUGAACAAACAGGGCGAGGCCUUCAUCAGCACGGGACACAAGGACGCGCCCGUCCUCCAGAAGAGACUCCAGGACCUCAACAAGGGGCAUGAGGCGCUCCUCAAGAAGGCGGCCGAACGUAGGGCGAGGCUCGAGGAGGCCAGGGAUCUGUUCCAGUUCGAGGUCGACAUGGAGGAGGAGGAAGCUUGGGUUAUCGAGAAGCAGAGGAUCUGCCAGGCGGGCGUCACUGCCAAGGACAUCAGGGCAGUCCUGUCAUUGCAGCAGAAGCACAAGGCUCUCGAGGACGAGAUGCGAGCCCGACGCCCCAAGUCAGAGAAGAUCAUGCGUUCGGGCGAGGCCAUGCUCAAGGCCGACCAUCCCGAGGCCAAAGCUAUAAGCGAGCGCAUCGCCGCCCUCAAGGACAAGUGGAAGGGCCUGGAGCACUACGCCGCCGAGAGGAGGAGGCAGCUGGAGGAUGCAGCGGAGGCUUGUUCGUUCAACGCCGACGCCAACGAGGUCGAGUCGUGGAUCAAGGAGAAGCUGCCACUCUGCCAGUCCAAGGAUUACGGCGAGGACGAGCCCAGCGGCAUGGCUCUCCUGCAGCUGCACGUCCGCAUGGAGGAGGAGAUCAAGGCCUACGAUGGGGACGUCAAGGCUGUCAAUGCCCAAGGCCAGAAGCUCAUCAAGUCGGGCAUAUCCUCACUGAAUAUCACCCCUCAGCAGCAGAUCCCGGCGGAGGACGAGGAAGAGUUUGAGUGGGUCGACGAGGUGAAGAUGGUCCCACAGGAGGUCACGGUGGAAGAAGUGGUUGACGAUGUGGAAGAAGUGACUGUCAUGGAAGUGAGGGAAGUGCCCACGGUGGUCGCGAGGUAUGACUUCGAGGGCCAGGGCAUGCACAUGGCCAAGCGAGAGGUCUUGUUCCUGUUGAGCAAGACGAACGAUGAUUGGUGGAACGUAAGGAAGGCCAACGGGGACGAGGGCUUCGUGCCAGCCAACUACGUGCGAGAAGGCCAGCCCAAGAAGAUCAACGUCCACGUCAAGAAGGAGGUGCGCGUCCCCAAGAAGAAGAUGGUGCCCAAGACCAAGAUGGUGAAGCAGACCGUCAAAGUCAAGAAGAGGAAACCCAAGGCGCCGCCUCGAAGCAAGAAGGUAGCUGAAGAGCCGGAAACGGUCGAGAAGCGGCUGCAGUUGAUCAACUCUUCUUACAACCAGCUGUGCGACCUUGCGCAGAAGCGUCACCUCUACCUGGAGGAAUCCAUCAAGCUCUACUCCUUCUUCAGCGAGUGCCAAGGCUUUGAGCUGUGGAUGAGGGAGAAGGAGAAGCUCCUGAAGACGGAUGACAAGGGCGAUACCGUCGAUGCCGCCAAGAAAAAGUUCGAGCAAUUCUUGACAGAUCUGUCGGCUGCGGGUCGCAGGAUCGAGAUCAUUGACAAGAUGGUGAAGGACUUCGUGGCCUCGGGUCACAGUCAGCUGGAAAAGAUCAAGAACCGCCACAAGCAGAUCCAGGACCAGUGGGCCCACCUCAACCGCCUCAAGCAGCAGAAGGAGCGCAGUCUGGAGGGCGCCUCGAGCGUGGAGCUUUUCCAUCGCACGUGCGACGAGACCAGGGACUGGAUGGUCGAGAAAAUGGAGAAACUAGACACGGAUGAACUGGGAAGAGACUUGAAAACCGUGCAGUCUCUUCAGCGGAAGCACGACCAGUUAGAGAGAGAACUGGCACCAGUGGAAGAAAAGGUGCGCCGAGUUAACCUUCUCGCAGAUUCAGUGAAAGCGUCAUACCCCCGCGAGAAGCAUGCUGUCGAGGACCGUCAGGAGGAAAUUCAGCAGUAUUGGGGACAACUCAAAGGAAAGGCACUGGAGAGGAGAAACCGUCUGGAAGAAGCUGUGGGACAACAGAUCUUCCUCAACUCUGCCAAGAGCUUGCUGAACUGGGUGGGUGAUGUUAAAAAUGCCCUCAACUCCGACGAGCCAGCACGCGACGUAACAACUGCAGAACACCUGCUGAAGAGUCACCAGGACCUUGGUGAUGACAUCAGGGCUCAUCAGGAUGAAUUCAAUGAGCUUGGCCAACUUGGAGAAAAGCUCUUGAAGAGAAACCCAGACUUCGGUGAAGUGAAAGAAAAGAUGGCCCAGCUUGGAGAGGAGCAAAGAGCAAUCCACCGUGGGUGGCAGGAGAAAGGUGACUGGCUGCGGCAGUGCAUGGACCUCCAGCUCUUCAACAGGGAAGCUGAUCAGAUCGAUGCUGCCACAAGCUCUCAUGAAACCUUCCUUGAUUACAAAGAUCUUGGGAGUACCCUUGAUGACGUAGAGGCGCUCCUGAAACGACAUGACGAUUUCGAGAACACCUUGAUGGCUCAAGACGAAAGGCUGCGUGUGUUCAGCGAGAUGGCAGACAAGCUCAUUGCUGCUGAACAUUACGAUGCUAAAUACAUAAAUGAGCGCAGAGAUCAGGUGCAUGACAGGCGAGCUGCUGUUAAGGAACGUGCCCAGGCACGGCGAGAGCAGCUGAAUGGCUCAAUGGCCUAUCAGCAGUUCAAGGCAGACUCUGACGACUUUGACAAAUGGAUGUCAGAUAAGAAGAAACUGGCUGAUGACGAAUCUUACAGAGACCUAAGCAACCUUGAGCGUAAGCUGCAGAAACAUGAGGCCUUCGAGAGGGAGCUCCAUGCCAACGAGGGCCAACUGCGCCGCCUGAAUAAGACCGGCCAGGACCUUAUCGGGCUCAAACACUACCAGUCGGACGACAUCCGCCAGACGCUGGAUGACCUCAACCAGAAGUGGAAGGACCUAUGCAGCAAGACGGAAGAGAAGGGCAUGAAGCUCCGUCAGGCCAACAGUCAGCACAUGUACAACAAAGACCUGGAGGAGACCGGGAAGGCUCUUGACGCCCUGGAGAACGCUCUCAACAACAAGGACGUCGGGCAUGACCUGCGCUCGUGCAAGGACCUGCUCAAUAACCAACAGAACCUGGAGAAUGAGAUGAACAACAUGGAGAGGAAGAUCUCAGAUAUGUGCAACGCCGGAGAUCAAAUGGUCCAAGAAGGACACUUCGACGCUGACAACAUUGAGCAGGCUUGUGCAUCUGCCAAGAAGAGAUUUGAGAAACUGAAGGACCCCGCUGCUCGACGCCGUGCCGCUCUGGAGGAAUCCCUGAGGUGGCACGAGUUCAACUUCGAGCUCGACGCUGAAAUGCAAUGGAUCAAGGAGCACAUGCCUCUCGCCACAUCCACUGUCUUGGGACAAAACUUACACGAAGCUCAGAAUCUGAACAAGAAACAUGCAAAGCUGACAGCAGAAAUCCAGGGCCAUCAACCACAGAUCAAGAAGACCCUUGCAAAGGGUGUCAAGUUGGAGGACGACGGACAUCCUGAGAAGAAAACGAUCAAUAAGAGGUGUGCAGAGCUUCAAGAAGCUUGGGAUGACUUGCUUGCUGAAGCCAGUGAGCGUCAGAGAAAGUUGGAGCUUAACCACAAGGCACAGCAGUACUUCUUUGAGGUGGGAGAGAUUGAGACCUGGAUGAAUGAGAAGCGCAACAUCCUCCAGACCAAAGACUAUGGCAAGGAUGAAGACGUGGCUCGCAAGCUCCUUGCAAAACACAAGGGUCUGGAGCUGGAAAUUGAUACCUACAGUGGAAUAGUGAAGGAGAUGGGCACAGUGGCUGACCAGAUGAUAAAAUCCAGUCACCCAGAGUCCAAGCUGAUCAAGGAUAGACAACAGAUGCUGAAUCAAGAAUUGAGAGACCUGCAGAAGCUGUCAGCUCACCUCAGACAAAAGCUCAUGGAGUCUAUGUAUCGUCAUGAAUAUUUCCGUGAAGCUGAGGACUUGGAGAAGUGGAUUGCAGAGCAGAUGCAGACAGCAACAUCAGAGGACUUUGGACAAGAUUAUGAACAUCUAUUGCUUCUGCAAGCAAAGUUUGAUGAUUUCAAGCACCGUGUUGAAGCUGGCUCUGAGCGUUUCAACCAGUGUGAAGAACUUGCCAAGAAACUUAUUGCAAAUGAAAGUCCUUAUGCUGCUGAGAUUGAACGAAAGCAAGAACAACUCAGGGUGGCUUGGAAUAGUCUCUUGGAGAACAUUGAGGCUAGGGACCAGAAACUGGAAGCUGCUGGUGAGAUCCACCGCUUCAACCGCGACGUGGCAGAGGCACUGGCAAGGAUUCAAGAGAAGUUCAAGUCCAUUCCUGAGGAUCUGGGUCGUGAUGUGAACUCAGUCCAGUCUUUGCUCAGGAAGCACGAAGGGUUUGAGAAUGACCUGGUGGCUCUGGAGGCCCAGUUGCAGGUACUGGUUGAUGACUCAGCAAGACUCCAGGCAGCUUACCCAGGCAGUAAUGCAGAACAUAUUGCUGAACAACAAGCGCUUGUGAUUGAUAACUGGAACACACUCCAAGAGAAAGCCUCAAGGAGGAAGGAGGAGCUCCAUGCUGCAGCUGACCUUCAGAGAUUCUUAGCAGAUUCUCGUAACUUGAUCAAUUGGUCAAGUGAUUUGCGGGCAACAAUGAAGGCACAGGAGAAGGUGCGUGAUGCUGCUAGUGCUCAAGGCCUGAAGACUGAGCACGAGAGGAUCAAGGCUGAAAUUGAGGCCCGUGAAGAUGUGUUCAGCAAGGUGGUAGAGGCUGGACGAAUCAUGGUGGAGGACAGACACUAUGCCAGUACCGAAGUGGAAGAGAGAGUCCUUGAAGAGAGAAACCAGUUGCAUGCAGCCUGGCAGCACAAGAAGGUGUACUUAGACCAGCUGAUAGACCUCCAAUUCUUCUUGAGAGAUGCCAAGCAGCUUGACACCAUCAGCAGCACUCAAGAAGCUGCUCUGUCAACAGCUGACUUUGGAACAACCAUUGAACAGGUGGAUGCUCAGGUUAAGAAACAUGAUGCUUUUGAGAAGCUAGUGUAUGCCCAAGAAGAGAAGCUAGAUACUUUGAAGAACCAUGGCUCAAAGCUCAUUGAACAGAAUCACUUUGACUCCCCACAUAUCAAGAAGCGUAUUGAUGAGGUGGUGUUGAGAAGAGGCCGUGUAAAAGAUGCCACAAAGGCACGUAAACAGCAGCUAGAAGAUGCCCUCCUUCAUGCCCAGUUCAUCAGAGACGUAGGUGAUGCCAACAUGUGGAUUGACGAGAAAGUCAACCAUUUGGAGGCAGCACGGACAAAGGAUGUCACCAGCUUUGAGGACAAGGUCAAGAAGCUGCAGAAGCACCAGGCCUUCAUGGCUGAACUUCAGGCCCACGAGUCAAGGAUCAAGGAAAUUACUGAAAAUGGUGCAAUGCUUGUCAAGAAGAAGCAUAAGUCAUCAGCUGAAGUAAAGGAAGAGGUAGACCAUCUUGUAGAGAGGUGGACACAGCUGGUGCUUGAUGCUGAGAAUCACUCCAGAGGCCUGGAGGAGGCUCAGGACAUCCUUGAAUUCAACACUCAGGUGGAGAAGGUCGAUGCUUGGAUCAGAGACAAGGAAAUGAUGGUCCAGGCAGGGGAUCUUGGUAAGGAUUAUGAGCAUUGCAUGGCUCUUCACCGCAAACUGGAUGAUGUUGAUUCUGACAUGCGUGUAGAUGAUGCCAGGUUCACAACCAUCAAUAGAUUAGCAGAUAAGAUCAUAAAGCAGGGCUGUGGUGACAACAAGGCUGUGGAGCAGAGAAGAAAUGAACUGAAUCAUAAGUGGCAGGCCCUGAAAGGUGCCAUUGAUGCCUACCGCACAGAGCUUGCUGGAGCUUUGGAGAUCCAUGCCUUUAACCGUGAUGUUGAUGACACCAAAGCACGCAUUAGCGAGAAGGCUGUAAUCCUUGCCAAUGAAGACACUGGGAAGGACCUUACCCAGGUUGAGGCUCUCCAGAGGAAGCAAGAGACCAUCAUCCGUGAUAUGUCGGCUAUUGAAAAGAAGAUCAAGGAGCAUGAAAAGGCUGCCUUUAACCUGGCCAAGAAGUACCCAGAUAUGAAGGAUCCCAUCCACAAGAAACAAGCUGAGGUUCUAGAGGCUUGGUCCAAACUUUGUGAUGGUUCCUUUGGCCGGAAAGAGAAGCUCUCGCUUUCCUACACACUGCAUAAGUUCCAGGCUGAUCUACGGGAACUGGAAAAGUGGGGAGAAGACAUUGUUAGCCGUAUGAAUGCAUCCCCACUGCCCAGCAACACAGCAGAAGCAGAGAUGCUACUGCAGAGUCAUCAGGAGAAGAAGGCUGAAAUUGAUGGACGAAAUGAAGUGUUUGAAGCUCUACAAGAAUUUGGUGAGAAGCUUAUUGCAGAUGAUCAUUUUGCAAAGGAAUCCAUCAAGGUGAACCUAGAAACACUGAAUGAAGUGAAGAGCAAGGUCACAGUGUUCUGGACUGAACGUGAGAAGGUCUUAUCUCAGGCUCAUCAGCUGCAAGUCUUCCUAGAGAUGUGUGAACAAGCCAACUCAUGGCUAGCAAGCAAGGAGGCCUUCCUCAACAAUGAUGAUCUUGGGGAUUCUAUGGCAUCUGUGGAAGUGCUGAUCAAGAAACACGAGAGCUUUGAGAAGACCUUUGAGGCCCAAGGCAACAAGAUUGAACAGCUGGAGAUCUUCGCUAAAGACCUGCUGAAGAAUGACCACUAUGACAGCGAUGGCAUUCGAAGGCGCCUUGAUGUUGUGACUGCCAAGAGGGAUAACCUGAAGGAAGCAGCACAUCAGAGAAGGCUAAAGCUGAGGGAGUCCAAGUUGCUGCAGCAGUUCUUGAGGAAUAUCUAUGAAGUGGAAGGUUGGAUCUCAGAGAAGUUGCAGGUAGCAUGUGAUGAGAGCUACCGAGACCCCACCAACCUGCAGUCCAAGAUCCAGAAGCAUGGGGCAUUUGAGGCCGAAGUCCUCGCCAACUCGGGUCGUGUCAGUGCUGUGUCUCAGGAAGGUGAGAACCUUAUUUCCAAUGGUCACUAUGCUGAGCAAGAAAUUCAAGCAAGACUGGACGGAUUGGAUUCGCUGUGGAAACAACUUCAGGACUCCUCACAGCUCAAGAAGGAUAGGCUGAAUGAGGCCUACCAGGCACUCCUUUUCAACCGCACUUUGGAUGACCUUGAGUCCUGGAUGGAUGAUGUGGAGACGCAGCUGCAGUCAGAAGACCAUGGCCGAGACUUGACCUCAGUCCAGAGUCUGCUGAAGAAGCAUCAGCAACUGGAGAAUGACAUUGCUUCGCACCAGAGUGAAGUGGAUCAGGCAAAGGAAGUGGCUCAAUCAUUUGCUGUUGCCAAACAUUUCAUGAGCGAAGAGAUCACUGAAAGGGUUGAAGCAGUCACAAAGAGAUACAACUCCUUACAUGAGCCAGUACACAUUCGCCACGAAAAUCUUGAGGAUGCACUCCUUCUCCAGCAACUCCUGCGAGAUAUAGAGGAUGAGCUCUUGUGGGUGGCAGAGAAGGAGCCCCUCGCUUCAAGCCAGGACCUUGGCUCCUCCUUGACAGCUGUGCAGAACCUCCAGAAGAAGCACCAGGCCUUGGAAGCAGAGAUCCAGUCUCAUGAACCAGUCAUCAACAGUGUAAAUAGUCGAUCACAGCAGAUGAUCCGUUCCGGACAUUUUGCGUCAUCAGAUAUUGAGGAGAAGAUGAAACAGUUGCAGACACAGCUCUCACAGUUAAAGGACACAGCAAGUGUCAGAAGACUCCGGCUGUUGGAUGCAGUUGAAUCUCAGAUGUUCUAUUCUGAGGUUAAUGAAGCUGAGGCUUGGAUGCGAGAAAAGAGACCACUUGUUGUUUCGCAAGAUUACGGGAAAGAUGAGACCUCUGUUGGAGCUCUGAUCAAGAAACUAGACAAUGUUGCAAGAGACCUUGAUAGUUUCAAGACAACUGUAGAAAAACUAUCUGUCUUGUGUGUAAAACUUACUGAGAGAAGACACUUUGACAGUGAAAACAUUACCAAGAAAAUGACCCAAGUGAAUGAGCAAUAUGCAGAAAUGAAAACGCUACGAGAGAAGAGAGCCAAGCGCCUGGAGGACAGUGGGAAGCUGUUCCGUUUCCUGCGUGAGAGUGAUGAAGUAGGCGAGUGGCUCAAUGACCAGAUGGCAAUAGCAGCAAGCGAGGACUAUGGCAGAGAUGUAGAGCAUGUUGAGAUCCUGAUCCAGAAGUUCGAGUCAUUCCUCACAGCAUUGAAUGUCAAUGAGGAGAAACUGGUGACAGUUAAAGAAAAAGCUAAAGUGCUUAUCGAUGAAGGACAUCCUGAGCCAACAAAGAUUCAGGAAAAGGUGGAUGAGUUACAACAGCUGUGGGAUGACCUGAAAGAACUGUCAACUGCAAGACAAGAGGCCCUUGCUGGAGCUAAGCAGGUGCAUGUAUUUGACCGCAAUGCUGAUGAAACCAUCAGCUGGAUUGCCGAAAAAGAUGCAUUCAUUUCCUCCGAAGAUUAUGGCCAUGACCUGGAGACCAUUCAAGGUUUGGCAAGAAGACACCAAGGCUUUGAGAGAGAUUUGGCUGCUGUGAAAGAACAGGUGGAAUCAGUUGUCGAGGAAGCAAAGCGCUUGGCGGAUCUAUUCCCAGAUGCAAGAGAACACAUCUCAGUGAAGCAUGAGGAGACAGUUGAAGCCUGGAAUGACCUCCUCGAUAAGUCUGCCCAGCGUAAAGAUAAGCUUUACCAAGCUGAGAAACUACAGUCAUACUUUGAUGAUUACAGGGAACUCAUGGCUUGGCUGAAUGAGAUUCUACCUUAG